ACAUUAAUACAUUAGCUUGUGCAUUAGUAUGAUAGUACCGUACCAAGACAAUGUUAGAAUAUAAUAUAUGGUACCGUAUAAAUGCUCAAAUGACAUAUUAAAGAUAUAAAAAAUGAUGGAAAAACAAAAUCUGUUUGAAUCAAUUGAAUAUUUUAUACAACGUUAAUAUGACCAUUGCAAUAAAUCCCGUUCAUGAAAAUAUUUUUCGCACUUUAUGAACGUGUGCUAGAAGAGCUUAAUGAUGAAUCAACCUGGCGGUAUUAAUUCAAAUACUCGAUCUCCAUUUGAAUAUUUAUUCAAUAUGUUUCCAUUUGGUGGAAUUCCGAAAGGACAUGAAAAACCACUUAAGCAUGCAUUUUACAAUGCGGCAGCUUUAUUUCUGCUUUUUGUUUUGAGUGUGGCAGCUUACGGUUUGUUUCUAAUAUUACAACCGUUCUUUAAGCCAUUGUUGUGGGCUCUACUUGUUGGUUCAGUAUUAUAUCCUUUGAAAAGGGAAUUAUCUGAACAGAUUAAAAUUUGGUUAUCCACAUUAGAUGAAUCAAAUACAUCAAUUAUAAUGGGCGUUAUAAAAUUACCAGCUAAUGUGAUUGAUCGCCUGUCAGAAUUACUUGGAAGAUGGCUUUUUCAACAUGCAAAAAUUAUAAUAUCAUUGAUGACUAUUCUGCUCACUAUGCAAUUUUUGCAUUGCUAUAUUCCAAGCAGUUUCACGUGCAUUAUAUGGAAAAUAAUGCUACUGAGCAAUGUUAUAUUUACAUGGAUAAUUAGCUUAUUUGAAACCAAAAUUGUUUUAUCAAGCACAUGUUGCUACGUAGUUAUGUUAUUUUGUUUUUGGAGCCCUGAUCGUGCCACACUUUUUAAACAUACUUCAAUUAUAAUGUGGUUUAUAAUAUCUUGUUACACAAGCAAUAUUCUAGGAGUAUUUCAAGUUCCACUCUUUUUCAUAAUUCAAAUUUCAGUAAUAAGUGGAUGGAUUCUGAAAAAACAUAAUCAAAAUUCGAAUUACCAGUAUUCAAAUGAAUCUCAAGAUACUGCAGACAAUCAAAAAAAGAUAUUAUUAAGUGUUAAUGAUGCUCAGAAAGAAAUAAACACAGAAGGUGAUGCUCCACCAAAAGCACAAAUAAUUGAGCAAGAAAAAAAUGUACAAGUUUCAUCCAAAUUCAAAAGAUUAUCAAUAGUCAAAAAUCCUUUAUGCUUCCAACAGUGUAAUAAUGUGAAUAAUGAUUACGUUCUUGAUAGUGAUAUAUAUUUUAACUUUUUAUUUUAUUCUUGUGGUUUCCUACUGCUGUGGAAGCAAUUAUGGUUAUUACCAUUAUUAACAAUUCCUGUGAUAGUGUUUUUAUCUAAGAGACUUUGGUAUUUUUUUGGUAUGCACAGCAAAGUUUGUUCAUACAUUCAGCAUCUGUUAAAUCGUUUUGAAGAAAGAAAACAUUCUUUGAUUUCUGUACCAGUUGAGGGAGCUAUUGUUUUGAUUCAAUAUAUUCAUCGAGUGUUGUUAAACACAGCUAAAGAGUCUGUAGACAGUGUUUCAAGUGGUGCAGUAAUUCUUGUAUUACUAAUAUCUCUUUCAAUAGCAAUGUUAUUUAUAUCAAUUCAGAUCUAUGCAGAAGUAAUUCAAAUGGUGCAAAUGGGUAGUUCAUUUGUUAAUAAGACAAUAAUUCAUAAUCCUGAGUUAUUGGGCCUUUUACCUCCUGAAGUGGAAGAAUCAUUUGACAACCUACUUGAAAAUGCUUAUCAGUAUGGACGGGAUGGUAUUUCUAAGUUGGUGAAAUGUUUCUUACAAGAUGUUGAUAGUACUCAGGCACAACAUCUAGAAUCACAGUUACUAACAUUAUGGGAUCGCGCUUACCAAAGCUGGAUCGAUAACCCAAACACUGUUAGCCAUGGACCUCAUGUUUCACAAGAUGCUGUCAGGCAAUCGUUUGAUACUUUCAUGGAAGAUCUAUAUAAAAGCUCGGAGUUAUUGAACGUAGCAGGCAUAAUGAAUUGGAUGAAACAAAACAUUGGGACGCUAACUGGUGUUCUUGAAUCUACUUGGUCAUUAUUGAGAGGAAAUUUGGAACUGUUAUUGGGCAUCAUAACAGCUGCUGUUCAUUUAUUACUCGGUAGCAGUUCAGCCGUUAUUACUUGGCUGUUAAAUUCUAUGGUGUUUCUGACUACUCUGUUUUACUUAUUGGCCAGUAGCGGUAAACAGUAUCGACCAGUCGAAGUUCUUUCUAAGUUGGCUGGUGGCGCAAAGACAGUAAAACGAGUAUCCAUAGCAUUAGAAGAAACUGUAGCUGGAGUGUUUUUGGCCACUUUAAAAAUGUCUCUUUUUUAUGGUCUUUGGACGUGGCUCAUCCAUAAUAUAUUUGGAACAAGUGUAAUAUAUUUACCAGCUGUGAUUGCAUCAGCUUUAGCUGCUAUUCCAUUUUUGGGUACUUAUUGGGUAUGCAGUGUCGGUGUACUGGAGCUGUUAUGUUUGCAGGAUAGAUUUUGGUCAGCUGUAGGUCUUGCAGUAUUUCAAGUUGCUCCUACCACAUUAGUAGAUGGAACUAUUUACAAUGAAAUCAAGGGGGGUGGGCACCCUUACUUGACAGGUCUGUCAAUAGCAGGAGGAUUGUGGUGCUUAGGUCCGGAGGGCACAUUGCUUGGCCCUUUACUGUUAUGCUUGCUUGUAGUGGUGACUGAUUUAUUUACGGCGGCAAUACGAGAUUCGCCCAUCGCAGAGCCUCAUAGUGAAAAAAAUCCAGGCUUGUGA